AUGAUCGCCUGCGUGAAGGCUGCCGCUCUGUUGUUCGGCCCACUGAUCAUUUUAACCAUCGAGGCCUCUAAUGUGAAACUUGUGGACCAUGGGUAUGAAGGACUGGUGGUCGCCAUUCACCCAAGCGUUCCUGAGAAUGAGCAACUCGUUGUUAAAAUCAAGGAGGUGAUCACGGCAGCGUCGGCGCGCCUGUAUUCGUCGACGAAGCGGCGCGCCUUCUUCAGGAACGUCACCAUCCUGCUGCCCGCUUCGUGGAGCCCCCACGAAGAGUACGGGCGGCCCAGCACGGAGGCAUUCGACUCGGCGGACGUGGUUGUGGCACAGCCGCAUGACUCGAGCAACGAUGAGCCCUACACGGUGCAGUUCGGCCUGUGCGGAGAGAAGGGCCAACACAUCCACCUCGCUCCCAGCUACCUGCUGCAAGACACUGCCAUCUCCUCGUACGGACCACGAGAGAAGUCGUUUUUGCACGAGUGGGGCCAUCUACGGUGGGGUCUGUUUGACGAGUACGGCAGCCCGCAGCCCUUCUACGUCUCGGCGGCUGGGAACAUCGAGAACACGCGGUAG